ACCCGGUCCACACCCGCGGAAACCGCUGCGGGCUCCACCCGCCCCCUGAGCGCUGUCGUCGCCUCGCUUCCUCGCUUCUUCCAUCAUGCCCCGCUCCCCGGGCCUCUGGUCGAAGACUUUAUUCCCUCCAUCCCCGGCCCCUUUGCCUUCACCUCCUUCGGGCUUUUGCUCCCCUCCCCCUACUCCUGUUCUUCCUCCCUUUUGCCCCCACUCUCUUCCUCUCACCUUCCUGCCCUUUUUCUAGGCCACUCUCUCUCUCUCUUUUUUUUCUUAAAUAAGGGAAAACAAAAACCCCCUUUGCCUCAAAUGAACAUUUUAAGUGUAACUCCUCGUUUUGCUAAUGCGAGAGACCUUAGGAAGGAAUGAAUCAACGUGCAGGAAUGGUGGUGGACAGGGUACCAGGUUCCCGGUAUCUGGGAAAUCUGACUCAGAGGUCCAUGUUUCAGUCUUCUUGUCCCUCGUGUCGUCGAUUUGGAGAAACCGAUGGUGUCUAAAGCAAGUGGGUCUGUUUUUCUUCCUUAAAGUCCAACAGAAGACUGCAGUGAGACGCGCUGCGGGGACGGCCACCGAUUAGUUAGUGGGAAUAGCAUUAUCAUUUGCUAAAUAUAUUAUGACAUACCCUGUGCCUCUGUGAACAGCUCCCUUGACCUUGUGCGGCUCCUCCUCCCUCGCUCUCUGUCCCCCUCUGGAAUUUCCCGGCGAGAUGACCGAGAAAGACCGGACGGACUCCAAUGUGAGAAUGGCUGUGACUUUGGAAGAAGCUCCGUGGCUGGGCUGGACCUUAGUGAAAGCCCUGAUGAGAUUUGCCGUGAUGGUCGCCAGCAACCUGGUUGCAAUUCCAUCCUACAUCUGCUAUGUAAUUAUACUUCAGCCCCUUCGUUUGCUGGACAGUAAGAGCUUCUGGUAUAUUGAAGGAAUCAUGUAUAAAUGGCUUUUAGGAAUCGUGGCUUCCUGGGGAUGGUAUGCUGGAUAUACAGUGAUGGAAUGGGGAGACGAUAUUGAAGCGGUCUCAAAGGAUGAAGCUGUAAUGUUGGUGAAUCAUCAAGCAACGGGAGAUGUGUGUACGCUGAUGAUGUGCCUCCAGAACAAAGGACUGGUUGUUGCUCAAAUGAUGUGGUUGAUGGAUCAUAUUUUUAAGUACACAAACUUUGGAAUAGUUUCUCUAAUUCAUGGAGACUUCUUCAUAAGACAGGGAAAAUCUCAUCGUGACCAACAACUUCUUCUUCUCAAGAAGCACCUAGAAAAUAAUUACAGGAGUAGAGAUCGAAAGUGGAUUGUUCUGUUCCCAGAAGGGGGCUUCCUCAGGAAGAGGCGAGAAACAAGUCAGGCAUUUGCUGAGAAAAAUAACUUGCCAUUUCUUAAGCAUGUCACUCUGCCAAGGAUUGGGGCAACGAAAAUUAUUUUGAGUGCACUUGUAGCACGACAGGAAAAUGGAAGUCCAGCAGGAGGAGAUGCUAAAGAAUUAGACAGCAAAUCAAAAGGCCUCCAGUGGAUAAUAGAUACAACCAUAGCAUAUCCUAAAGCUGAACCCAUAGAUAUUCAGACCUGGAUCCUUGCAUACAGGAAACCAACAGUCACACAUGUACAUUACAGGAUCUUUCCAAUUAAAGAUGUACCCCUGGAGACUGAUGACCUUUCUGACUGGCUUUAUCAACGUUUUAUUGAAAAAGAGGACCUCUUGUCACAUUUUUAUGAAACAGGGGCUUUUCCACCUCCCAAGGGCCACAAGGAAGCCGUUUCCAGAGAGAUGACCCUCAGCAAUAUGUGGAUCUUUCUCAUACAAUCUUUUGCAUUUUUGUCAGGUUACAUGUGGUACAACGUCAUUCAGUAUUUUUACCAUUGCCUGUUUUAGGAACUGACUUGGACUUGUCAAGGUCACCAUAGGAGUUCAGACUUCCAUGAGUGUGCAUUAUUCAACAUGUGCAAAUCAGAAUAUAAAAAUAAGCAAAGGAAAUUCCAUGGAUGGAUUCAUGUUUAUCCCCCUUUGGGAUAUUUUAAAACUGCUAAAACGAGGAUGAGUAAUAUAAUGACCUGCUACUAUGUUUUAAGGACUUUCCAUGUUUUAAAGAGGUACACUCUACCACAAAUUUUAGUAAACAUCACAUUUGGAGAAGACGAAAUCAUAAAAUCAUCCUAGAAGACCGAGAGAAAUUCUUUUGCCACCAGAUAUACUUGAUUAUCUAGUUCAAGCUCAGAAAGUUGUAUUUGUGCUCUUAGCUAGGCGUCUCCAUCAGGGCAGUGCUGUAGAGCCCUCGCCUCCACAACUCAGCUGUGUCACUAGGAACCUCGAGGGCGUUGGUUUGUUACCUUCUGAAGAACUGUUUUCCUGUCAUUUGCAAGUGACACUCUGGUCCUCAGCAACUGAAGUUCAGUGUCAGGCGUGCCCUAGAGAGGGAAGCAGUAUCCGAUGGACACGUCCGGUACUAGAACGUGCUCCAUAACGAGGCUGGCUAGCUCAGGCCGACACCGUGUUUACAUGCGCUGGUGCUUUCCCUUGUGGGAGGGGGUCACUUGAUUUCUCCUUUUGUAUGGAAGGCAUAUUGUAGACUGAUAACUGUCUUUUACAAAAUGCACUUUUAUCAGAUGCAUAUAUAGCAAAGGAUUUGUAAUGUAGCCUGAAAACAAACGUAAGCAUAAUCAGUGAGUGGGAUUCUUGAGAGGCUGUCUUGUCUGCGUGUUUAUCUGUGUGCUGAUGCUUUUCCGUGCCACCCUUACAUGGACACCACCAAGGUGAGGCUUCUGUCUAGCUCAGAAGCUUUGCCAUUUUUUAAUUUUGGCAUAUUAGUGCCAAAUGCAUUUGGGGAUGGUUGAAACAAAAUGCAAAACAUUUAAAUGAUCCAUAUCAGGUAAAAUAGGCUAGUUUAUUAGAAAAAUAAGAGCUAGAGCCAAACACUGGCUUAAAAUGGUGACAAGUUCUCACAUGGCACCCCAGAACCUGGCGCACUAAGGAGCUACACGUGACAGAGUGGUGUGACCCGGAGUGAGACCAGCACACAAGGUUUUCCUGUUUCUUCCAGUUGCUUUUGAAGAGGAUAAAGUCAAGUCUAUAUUUAGAAAACUUUUUUUUUUUUUUUUGUAUUUAUCACUAUGUUCAUGCAAUUUACCUCAUAGUAGAACCAAACUCUUCUCAAAAAGUGCUGGCACUGCAUCGUCCAUCACCUGCACCCCUGUGUUGAGACAGAGAAUGGUCUUUUGGUUUGGGAUUGUAAGACUAUUAAGAUCCUAGUGAGUCAUUAGUAGUUUUCUGUGACAUGAGCAUUGUAGAUUCCUCUGUCGUUGUUAAUCAUACAAAUGACAAUUUUGAGAAGUUGGCCGGAAAAUAAAAGUAAAAGCUGAUGUUUUCUGUUUUUAAAUAAACCAAAAAAAACUGAGAAGGUAUGAAUUUUCUCCCAGUUAUGUGGGAAA